UUACACUUUCAAGAUUCAUGGAACCUACGUACAAAGAAAAGGCACCACCGGUUCAAUCGGUCUACUCGGCCGAUUCACCGGAGUUCUCUCUAUUGAGUUUGGCUUUAACUCGCUCCAUUGUCAUUGGGCUCGACGCCGAAUGGAAGCCAAUUCGCUCUCACCAAUACCAGUCUACCUUCCCCGCAGUAUCCCUCCUGCAAAUCGCCUGCCUACUCGCUCCGGAAAAUGGGUCAACUUAUCGAAACUCGGACGAUUCAAUGGUCUUUCUACUCGAUCUUCAAGCAAUUCAGCUAUCGUCAAUAUACGAGUUGUUAAGAAAAGUGUUUGCAUCACCUAAUAUUAUAAAAUUGGGUUUUAGAUUUAAACAGGAUUUGGUUUAUUUAUCCUCCACUUUCUGCUCUCAGGGCUGCAAUCCCGGUUUUGAUAGAGUGGAACCUUUUAUAGAUAUUACUAGCAUAUAUACGUAUCUACAACAGCAUAAGCAACUUGGAAGAAAAAUACCAAAGCAAACGAAGAGCUUGGCUGCGAUCUGCAAGGAAGUUUUGGGCAUUUCACUUUCAAAGGAACUUCAAUGUAGCGACUGGUCGCAGCGCCCCUUAACCGAAGAGCAGAAGAUGUAUGCAGCUGCAGAUGCUUAUUGUUUGCUUGACAUAUUUAAGGUCUUCCAAGCCAAAAUUGUUAGGGAAGGAUAUUCUUCUCGAAAUUCCAAUAAAAAUUGGUCAUCUAACUUUGAUUCGGGGUUGAAGCAGAUUUUUGAGACACCUUACAGUUGCAAUUUGGUAACAAGGACUAGACUUUGUGAAGCUUUAGAUAUGAUACGUGCCAAUAUACCUGAAUUACACAGCACCAUACAAACAGAUGCCGAGUUAGGUUCCAUGAAGUGUUGUGAAGUUACAAAACAAGUAGAUGAGGCACUCUUGUGGAUUAUUAGAAAAUAUGGUGACAGAAUUUUGUUAAAGGAUUCUGACAGAAAGCCAAAAACUUCAAAAAAGAAAGUUGAAAAAUCUUCUGCUGGAUUGAUGUGCAAAGAAAAGAGACCAGAAAUUACAGAUGAUUGGCAAGGCCCUCCUCCGUGGGAUCCAGCAUUGGGUGGUGAUGGAUCCCCUAAGUUUCUGUGUGAUGUGAUGGUUGAAGGCUUAGCUAAGCAUCUACGGUGCGUUGGGAUAGAUGCCGCAAUUCCACAUUCUAAGAAGCCUGAAACCAGGGAUUUAAUAGAUCAAGCAGACAAGGAGAAGAGGGUGCUCUUAACAAGGGAUGCAAAGCUUUUGAGACACGAGUAUUUGAUAAAGAAUCAAAUAUACAGGGUGAAGAGUCUACUUAAAAAUGAACAGCUGCUCGAGGUAAUUGAAACAUUUGAACUGAACAUUUCCGAGGAUCGGCUGAUGUCAAGGUGCACUAAAUGCAACGGGAAGUUCAUCCAGAAACCAUUAUCAACUGAGGAGGCUGUAGAAGCUGCAAAGGGAUUUCAAGUUAUUCCUAAAUGCUUGUUCAACAAGAGUAUAGAGUUUUGGCAGUGUAUGGACUGCAAUCAACUUUACUGGGAGGGAACUCAGUAUCAUAAUGCAGUACAGAAAUUCAUCACUGUUUGCAAGUUAAACGUGUAAGUUCAAGGCCAUAACGUUAGGAUAACCAUGUUGUUCUGGAGAUGAAGUGCAAGAAUUUUGUUCUCCUUGCCAUUCAUUUAUGCAAGAGAAUUGCUCUUUAUUUUAACAAUGUCAACCAACCCCUCACCCUGAAAAACUUAAAUAAAAAUUGAGAAAUAAUUAUAAACAUUAAACCAUGCUUUUCUGUAAUUUUUAUCAUGGCCUCCUAGGAUGAUAAGAAAGCUUUGUUGUAUACUAUAAAUUAAUUGCAUUUAAAGAAUAGUCAUGCAUGAUAUGAAGUAAUUUCUUAUAGUGCAGAA